UCUUGGCAGACGGGUCGAUCGGCCCAGACGCCACAGUUUUGAGUGGUCUUGACAGCAUGAAUAGGCCAUUGCACCCUUCUAGAGGAGGAAAGAAGAUAAAACAGCAUGGACGGGAGAUAUACAGAGCCUGAAAGAGGGUCAGCGGAAGAAUGGAUGACGUGAAGCUGGACGCACACUCCGGGCCGAUCUACACGGCGAAGUUCAACGAGGAUGGCUCCUUUAUAGCGUCGGGAGGAACGGACUGCACGGUCAAGCUGUGGAACCUAGAGAAGCUGGACACAGAGGAGGGCGACGACGAGGAGAAAACAGAGGCCGGCGGUGCUGGAGGCGUUUACGAAGAACAUGUUUGUGACUCAGCGUUGACUUGGCUACAGUGGUCGAGGUUGGAGGAUUCUCACCUGUUUAUAUCUUCUGCAGACCACACUGCGACAAUCUUCGAUUUGAACAAAAAUGCCAAAAUAAAGACGUUCCACCACCCGGCAUGCGUGAACCAGAUGUCCCUUUCGAAGAGGGACACACUGCUGACGUGUUGCGACGAUGGGAAAGUGAGGCUGUGGGACAGGCGGUCGAAGUAUUGCACGGCAGAAGUCGAUUCCCCUGUCGCAAACCUACCCAUACUAACCUGCUGCAUAGACGAAGAGGCAGAGCGCUUCUACUUUGCGGGGAUAGACCCGACUGUGUAUUGCUUUGAUGCGAGGAAACUGACCCAGUCGUGGUCUGAAGGCAAGCCUCACUCAAAUAACGUCACCUCUCUUUCCCUUUCUCCAGAUGAGUCGUAUCUUCUCAGUAAGUCGAUCGAUGGCACUGUCAAGUACUUCGAUGCAAGAAUACUCCCAGACUCGGGAAGAAACACGGCUCGAAGUAGAGCGAAGCCAUACGUUUUUGACGGACCGACCUCCUCUGAAGACGACUGGUUGGUGAGGUCCAUCCUUAUACCCGAUCCAUCAAGCGAGUCUAGCGAGCUGCUGAACGUCAUCUCGGGGUCAAACGAUGGAUUCACAUACGUUUGGGAAUUUGCAAGCAGGAAACUCAUUAACAGGUUGGAUGGCCACCAGACAACAGUUUUAGAUGUUGAUUAUUCGGAAAUCAACAACCAAUUGCUAUCGGCAUCUGCGGACGGCUCUAUAAUUAUUAGAAACUUGUAAUCUCUUUGUACUAUUAUCAUCCACUUCAAAGUCUAAUACACAGUCUAUAC